GCUUGCUUCAUGCCAGGAGAAGCAGCAACAAAACAAAGCUGUUGAGAAACGAAGAGCAACAACAGAGAGAUGUUUCGUUGUUUAAAAAUGCUUCCUCUGUCGCUGAAGAUCUGCAUGGGAAUGUGCCUCCAACAGAACAUCUCAGAGGAAAGUAAGAAAGCCCAACUAAAGAGCUCCACAAUCGAGCAAGACCUUUGUGAUCAUGCCAGGGCUGAAAGGAACGUCAUCAAAAUCCUCAUGCUUGGAGUUGCAGAGAGCGGAAAGAGCACAGUAAUCAGACAGAUGAAGAUACUACACAGCCGUGGCUUCUCCAGCCAAGAACUUCUUAGUUUCAAGCCUGCAGUGUUGGAUAACCUUCUAACCUCUAUGAAGAUUGUUCUACAAGGAAUGGGCAAGCUGCGGAUAAACCUCGCAAAUGAUAAGAACAAGAUCCAGGCACGCUCCAUUCUGUCCUGCAGCCAGUGUUUGGGAGACGAUCAGCAGCUGCUCCCUUUUGUGGCUCAAGCCUUCUGUGCUCUUUGGGCCGACCAAGGGGUGAGGGCCGCUGCAGCCAGAGGAUACGAGUACAAUCUGAACGACUCUGCCCUCUACUUCUUUGAAAACAUAAGUCGAAUCAUCUCGCCAAACUACAUUCCCACGGAGAUGGAUGUCCUGAGAGUCAGAGUGAGGACCUGUGGAAUCAUUGAGACACAGUUUCAAGUAGAUGAAACAAUCUUUAGAUUGUAUGACGUUGGUGGCCAACGCAGUGAAAGGAGAAAGUGGCUGAGCUGCUUUGAUUCUAUUCAUGCCUUACUGUUUGUUGUGGGUCUCAGCAGCUAUGAUCAGAUGUCGUUUAAGGAUCCAUCAAUGAAUGGAUUUCAGGAAAGCCUUGAAUUUUUUUCAUCAAUCUGCACAAACAGAGUCUUCAAGAAAACCUCUCUGAUUUUGUUUCUGAACAAAACUGACCUUUUCCGGGGGAAGAUCCUGCACUCUGGGAGACACUUGAGAUUUUACCUUUCAAGCUAUGAAGGUACAGUAGAGAGAACAACCCAGAUCAUUUAUAUUUUCUCUGAAUGUCUUAUUCCAAAGCCAGUUUUAGCAUCUCAUCUGAUUUUACUGUGUUUUGAAUUUGCCAUACUAGUCUCCAUUUAUAAAAUGAGUGACACAUUGAAAGCAGAUUACAAGCAGAACACUAGUUUCUUCACAGUCCUGCUUUGGCCAUGUCUGUUACUGAACAAUGAAAGGUGUGAGAGAGUUGAAUGAUCUAACAUUUGAAAGUUGCUUAUAAAUUCAGCACUUUGGAUUCUUGCAACAUCAUCUUUGCUGGUGACGUAAACAGAAAUCUUUGUGCAUACAGAUCGAAAUACAUUGUUCAUUUUAUUCAUUCGGUCUGGGUCAUGGUGAUGCAUCAUUCCAGACUCAUUGCCAGGGGUUCUGUGUGUCGGCAUUAUGUUUUGUGUAUUUGGAUUUUGAUGAAAAAAAUGUCAGCCAAUGUCUUGUUGCAUCUAUAUUUCAGAAAGUGAAUAAGCCGUUUGAGAUGAGACAAACUUACUUUGCCUGUCUAGGAGCAGACUGUGAUGUGGACGCUGCGGCCCACCAUGUUGCUGCCGUGUUCUCAGCCUGUAACAUGGCCUCGAGCAGACCUGUUUACCACCACUUCAGCACGGCCAUCGACUCUGAAAUCAUGAAGGAGGUCUUCCACAUGGUCAUCGAUCAGAUCAUCAAGGAGAACCUAUCAGCUGUCCA